CGAAACAACCCACAGAUUCACUCGCCCCACCCCACGCGUCAUCAUCGCCACCGCGCCACGCACCGAGUCGGUUGCCUACCCUCCCUCCCCGGCCGUCCCCUUCCGCAGCCCCGCCCACCAAUCCGCCCUCCUCCGCGAGGUCGCCGCGCCCAACGCAGCAACGCCGCUGAGAGGGAGCUAACGGGAAGGAGAAGGCGCUCGAUCGGGGAAAGCAUGAGCUUGGUCUCCGGCGCCCCUCGCCACCGAGCUCGAAUCGGGAGAUAAAAGAAUCCGCGGGGGAGCCCCCAUAGAAGAUGGCCUCGCAGCCGCAGGAGGAUAAAUCAGACCGCCCAGGCGGCGGCGGCGGCGGCGGCGGCGGCGGCGCGUGGACGGAACAGGAGCGACGUCCGUCCAAGGCAUGGGGGAUCCUCAUCUUCGGCCUCAUCGGCGCCACCACCGCCACCUUCGCGAUUACUCAAGUUCGCAGAAGUAUGGAUUGGUUCUACACUCAGUUGAAUAAGAUGCAGACGACAUCAUCUUGGAGGAAUACAAGUAACAGUUCAAGUCGUGGAAGUUUCAGUGAGGAAACUAAGAAAAGAUAUUAUCAGCGUAUGCAGCAAGAAUAUGAGGAGGAACAAGAGAGAGUUCAAAGGAUAAGGCACAUGCAAAGUGUUUUCAACAGAGAGAGGAAUAAAUUUAGGAGAAGUUAUGAAAGUUGGAGGGAGAAUGGCCCUCCUGGUGGCUACAAUUACAUCCCUCGGGAUGACUGGUAUUGGCAGGCUGAUACGUCCCACUCGGAUCAUAAAAAUAGACAGACAUAUACUCCGACAGGACAUAGGGUUUAUCCUAUGUCACGCCAUUAUGCAGUCCUUGGUCUUGACAGGUCACGAGCAACACCAUAUACAGAUGCAGAAGUAAAGACUGCUUUUAGAACAAAAGCAAUGGAGGUCCAUCCUGAUCAAAAUCAAGAUGACAGAGAGGCUGCAGAAGAGAAGUUCAAGGAAGUUGUCAAAUCUUACGAAGCAAUAAAACUGGAGAGAAAAAAUGGGGCCAUUUGAUUUUUUGCCACCCUACCAUCUGUUAGAGUGACAAAUUUGUCACUAGACCCACUGUUAUAGACUCAGGAGAACUCAUUUGUCAUUCUCAAUGAGAAAUUAUCACUCCUGUAGAGCGACAAAAAGUUAAAUAUUCCGAAAAAAUGGGUAAAUUAAUCUAAAUGUCUAAUGUUGUUGGGCAUGUGAUGAAGGGUGGGAUUAAUUGUAACUUUCCCUGUAUACGCAAUAUCAGCAGGCAUUGCCAUCAGCCCAUCAGCCUGAUGAUCAAUGGGAUCUGCUGUUGAGGGCCUGUAGCACAAGUUCCUUUUGUGAGUUUGUGCGAUGUAGACUAGGAUAUUGUUGAUAAAUAGGGGUGUAAAUUGGUGAACCUAGUACCUGCCGAUUACUCAAUUUAAGAAUAAUAGUGUUAUUUGUUGAAUUAAAAAGUGUCGGUGGAUACUCUUAUGUCUA